CUUGUACCUUUGCAGAUGCUUAGUUCCAACCAAGUUUGAGUCUCGCCAUGGGUUGUUGCGGUGGCGAUGAUGACGACGAGGACGUCAAUGACAACCCCGGACCUGAUAUUAGCAGAAGGUGCACAGACCUGUGCUGCUUGCCAGUGCUAUUAAUCUUCACCCUGUGGCCAUUGUCCGUCAUCCUUUUGCUCAAGGACGUGGAUGGAGCUCUUGCCCUCACUCAUGGGCAUGACCACUACGGCCAGUUCUGUGGCCGAGAGAAGUUGAGAGACAAAGGGUAUGUGUUCUAUCCGGACCUGUCAACUGAUUUGAAGCAGGACCCUUCGCUCAUGAACCGCUAUGGAGUUUGUGUCGAGAAGUGCCCUGACCAGUUUGGCAAAGCAGAAGACUAUCCCGGAGAAGGUGGGAUGCCGAUGAGAUACCCGGAGAAUCCCACAUGGCUCGCAGAUUUGCCGACCUUUGAAUUAGCUGGGCGGUGCAUUCCGUAUGACCCACCGCCCAACUACACAACGGCUGUGGAGUUUUGUGGCGACCCCCAGUGCAAAGUGAUCGACAAGCAAUCUAUGCCCAGUAGUCCACGUGAAGUAUGUGGCUUGCACAGGGACGGCACCUGGAACUUUUGGCUUCUGGAAAAGGCCGAUGAUGCUCUUGUGGAUGGAUGGCGGCGGGAAGGCGUUGAACCGAAGGUCAUCGACGCUCGCGUAGAGAUGGCGGGAAGCGGCAAGGACGAUUGCAAAGUCAAAGUCCUCCGCGAGACGCGCGUCAGAACAGAAUCAGCUGACACUCAUGUCAUCAUCAGCCUCCUUACCAAAUACACUGGAUACCUCUUCCGAGUGUCCACGCAGAUCUAUGACAACAGGGCGAUUGUGAUUGGCUUGGGUGUUGGUGGCUCCAUGGUACUAUCAUUCAUCAUCGUCAUGGGCUUUGCCUUCUGUGUGCAAUGCAUCCUGAAUGUCUUGAUGACGUGCCUGUUUCUAGUUCUAAUCUGUAUGGACUACGUGCUCUUUUUCCAGGCUGGUCUGAUUACUGGAAGGAAGGGCCGCAUGAUUCUGGACGCCUUCGGCAAAGCGGUGAACGUGGAAGUGCCGGACCAGAUGGAAGCGUUGUUGCAAGAGCAGGCCAACACGGAGGAGUGGCAAACCAUCUACAAAUGGUUGGCCAUUGGUCUUGCCGUUGGCAUCGUCCUUUUGGCGUGUGCUGCCAUGGCCACCCGAAAGAAUUUCCGGAUAUUGGUGGCACUACUCAAAGAAGCAUCAACCACCAUGCGUGAGAUGCCGUCACUACUCCUUACGCCUUUCAUCCUGUCCUGCAGUAUGGUUGCUGUGUCAUUGAUGCUGCUUUGGGUGGCCCUUACGAUCUCAACAACUCGAGCUGUUGACAUUCCCAACAUCAUAGAGGUUUGGCAGGCCCAUCUCCAUCCCAUGCUGGAAUCGCUGGGGCUACGCCAAGACUCACUGCGGCAAAUACAGCAGAUAGCUCUGGUCUUCAACCUGUUUGUGUUCCUCUUCAGCUACUAUCUCCACGUUGCAGUUUGCAUCUCUGUGACCGCCAUGUGCGUGUCCCAUUGGUACUUCUACAGGGAUGAUGCUGAGAGGAAUGCUGGCACAGGCAUUAACUCCGAAGGUUGGUUCUUUGGGCGCCCCAUUCUGCUCGCCUUCUGUCGAGUCUGUCGGCAUCACUUGGGAUCGCUGGUCUUUGGCUCCUGUAUCAUUGCUUUGGCGACUCUUCUGCGCAUCAUCUUUGAAUAUGUGGCUGCCAAGACCAAAGAGCAGCAGGAGUCCAAUCCUGCAUUGAAGGUCCUGUUCUGCAUGUGCCGCUGUAGCCUGUGGUGCCUGGAAAAGUGCUUGUCCUUCAUCACUGAGUACGCAUAUGUCUAUGUCGCUGUGACCGGGAAGUCGUUUUGCUCCUCCGCUCGCUCCUCCUUUGUUUUCUUUGCCAAGUAUCCACUUCAAACUGCGCUGGACAAGAUGGCAUCAACAGCCCUUGGCUACCUUCUAUGCAUCACAGUUCCCGCUGGCUUGGUCGUGGUUGGCUACUUCUGUGGGUUGAAGGAUGCUUGGCCAGUUUGUGCGCUGGUCAUUGCGGGACUGGCCUAUGUCACGACACGUCUUGCCGCUGGCAUCUACGAUGUGUGCAUCACGACCCUCUUUGUAUGCGCUAUGCGUGAUUGUGAGCAUUAUGGCGGGCGAUACAUGAGCAAAAGCCUGCGAAGCGCUUGUGGCUUCCAGGAGCUGGUGCGUGCCAGCUUAGCGCAGGAUGGCAUUGAGUUGCCGGAUGCAAGCUGAAUGAGAGAUGUCAAGUUAAGAUAAGUUAAGAGCUUAGAGAGCUUCUUAAGUUUAGAGUUUAGUUGGAUUUUUUGUGCCUCCUACUGAAACUGGGGGUGUUAUUGCCCCUGAAAGUGGACAUGAACAUUCCAUUGAUUAACAAAUGCACCUCGUCCCCAAGCCAAUAGUAUCAUAGUC